GUUGUGUAGUCGCUUCCCACUAGAGUCGACAGCACACGGGGAGCGCACCACUUCAGCGGCGGCGGCGGAAAAGGGGAGGAAAGGCGGCCGCUUUUCCCCGCACCCACAACGGCGGCGGCACCGCGGCAGGAAAGUGGCGUGCCUCCAAAUUCCAACCUAGCAAACAUGGCAGAGAUCUUGGAUGUGCCAAUCAGUGGCACCAAUGGAAGUGCCACUGUUCAAGCUGAACAGAGCUUGAGUGUGCCACUCAGGGACACCAACGGAAGUGCCAGUGUUCACGGUGAAGAGAGCUUGGAUGUGCCAGUAAGUGAUACCAAUGGAAGCGCCACUGUUCAGGAUGAAACUUCUUCGGAAGGAAAUGAGUUAAUCAUCGUGGAUGAGAUGGACUCCUUGUGGGAUGAUGUAAAUACCAUGGUUGAUAUCUCAACAUUCGUGACGUACUCUGUCAUCAAAGGGUUUGUAAAAGAUGCCGAACAAGAAAUAGGUCAGCAGCUUGCUUCCAAGGAUGAAGAGAUAAGGUUGCUGAAUCAAAAGCUGAUGCAGCUUGGAAAUGGCAGCCUAAGUUUGUCUGGGGGUCGGGAUAGAAAAUAUGAUGAAGUUUAUAGUAUCCGCCAACAGCUUCAUGCCAUUUCCAAGUCACUCUUGAAUUCUGAGUGGGGUCUUUCGGGGUCCCAGUAUAACUUUGAUGGUGCAGAUGAUGUGAGUAAACUUAGAGACAAUGAACAUUCCUCCAGAAAUGGUUCUGCAAAGGUUGAAAGUGCUGGAGCCUCUCCUGAUGCGGCUUUCGCUGAUGCGUCAUGUUUGAAGCACUUGGAUAGGGAUGCUUUGAUAGCCCAUUUUAAUAAAGAGAUGAAUACUAUGAAAAGGAUGCAUGAUAAAGUCGUGGAAAUGAAGACAGAAGAGAUAUUUGCACUCAAGCGAAACCUGCUAAACAAAGAAGGAUCCAACCCAUGGCAUUUACGGAAUAACAAAGAAUUCGAGCAGAUUAGAAAGAAAAUUGGGGAAGUUAUGACAAGAUUGGAUGGCCUUCUCAUGGAGAAUAAUAAGAGAACCACUUCUGGCGUCAAGGCAGAAACAUUUGCUGGCCAACAAGACAAGAAAAAUGUUUUAGAUUCUGAAAUCCAGCAAAUACAAGGUGCUGCCACUAAUAAUCAAGUAGAAGUGUGUGCUUUUCCUACACAGGCAUCACACAUUGCAUCCAUAGAGGCAGAUCAUGCAAAGAAAAUUGGAAUGUUAGAGUCUGAUAUUGAAGAAGCCAGGAUGGCAACCAUGAUUAGAGAAGAGAUAGAGAUGAUUGUACUAAGAGAGUUCGUUAACGAAAUAGAAAUACGGUUGCAUGGUAAUGAGAUGGAGCAUAACAUGAAGCAAGACAUUUGCUCAGUUAUUCAGAAUGAAGCUGUAGCAGAAGCAGUGUUAAACCUCAACUCUACAUUGUUGAAGUACAAUGAGGAAAAGAGCUGCUCUGAAGCGGCAUCGACUAUACAAAAGCAGGAGAUUGAGAAUCUGAAGCGAGCUGUUGACUCUUUCAGUAAAGUAGUGAGAGAAAAAGAGGAGUGUCAGAUUGAAUUGGGAGCAAUGAAGGGUCAUAUGGAUUUAUUAUCCCAUCAACUUGAUUUACUUAAAGUCAAAGUGGAAAAGCAAGACUCCUGUAUAUCUGAAAAGAACAAGGAGUUUGAUAUGAUUGUCGGCAGAGUGGAGCAAGCUCUGCAGCAUGUACGUCAAAAUGAGAUCAAUAUGAGCGAGUUCCAUGACAGAUUUAGAAAUGCUACAGACUCUCUGAAGGAGGUGGAGAAACAAAAUCAUUAUUUAUGUAAAGUCAUCGAAGAGAAGGAGAAAAUAUUCACAUCAACCAUUUAUAAAGAAAAGGAGUUCAAAGAACACAUGACAAGUCUUGUUGAAUCCAUGAGAGAGUUUGAGAAUCUUGUUACAGAUCAACAAGCUAUCAUUGCAAACAAAGUUCAGCACAGUGAAUCAAGGUUCUGUUUACUGAAAGACCAAUGUAAACACCUCAUGAAAGAAGGCAAUCUUUUGAGAAGGAAGGCAUUGCGAUACAAGGAGAUAUCUGAGACAAGAGGCUCUAAUCUUCAAAAGGCUGAGCUCGAGGUGGAUUUACUUGGUGAUGAGGUUGAGGCCUUAACGGAUCUUCUUGCAAAAAUCUAUAUUGCGCUCGACCACUAUUCUCCAGUUUUGCAACACUAUACUGGAUUUGAGGGCAUGUCUAGGAUUGCGUACUGCUCCAUAUCAGGUUAUGGAGACCUUGAACAUGAUCAAGAAACACAUAAGCACAGCAAAGUAAAAUGCCUUAUGCACAUUUACAUCAGCUGGUGACAUGUUAACAGCAGAAUUUGGUCUUAUUGGCCAGAAGGUGCACUUCAGACGAUCUGCGGUAACUUUUUUAGGCGGUUGAUGCAGCCCUUGCUGUAGAAACCAAGGGCUGUGUAGUGCAGAAUAGCUUGUUCCCCUCCGUAGGCAGUAGAUUUUGCUAGUCUUUGAGCACCUUGCAACUGACCCACCCAAACCAUGGCUAGUCCUUCCUUGUGCGUGUCUCUGAGCUACAUUCUGAUGUAUGGGGUUGUGUCACCUGCUGAUCUGCAAAAGUGAGACUUGAGUGACCAGUAACAACGGUUGUGGAGUGCUUGUGACCAAAUUUUCAUUCGGUUUAUGUAAGAGCUUGACAUCUGAAUUUGAUGUUGUCUCAGUAAUCUACAGACUCUGCUGCUUUUUUUUU